AUAACACCUAGUUCAAUGCAUCGACCACUCUUGACACCCUUCAUCCUCCCAUCCCCCAUCCUCCAUUCCCUUGCUUCUCGCGCAUUUUAGCCUCUCACCUGUGAGAGCGCUCAUACUUCCAUAAUGUCCAAGAGACGGUUGUUUCGCUGGCCUGCCCCUCGAACGGUGUGUUUAGGAUGUUUGGCGCUAGUUUUCACCACGCUGGUGACUAUGUUUCUAUACAUGAGCGAGCCGUUGGACAUACAACCGAACCCUGAGCCCGUGAACAACCAAGUCUUUCGUCAAUUAUCCGAGAUCACGAACACCUACACGAAUGGAAGUGCAAGUGAAGUUGGAUUGGUGCUAGCGGCCACGCAGAAGGAGGACCUCGGCUGGCUCCUCAAUUAUUGUCGGGAUCAUGGGACAAUCCCUUUCAUUUAUACCACAGAUUCCCCUCCCGCCCCUUACCUUCUCGUCCCUGCGACAACUCGCGGUCGCGAGGCCACCGCCUAUUUAUCCUACAUCGUCGACUUCUACGAUCAACUCCCGAAGUACACCAUCUUCAUCCACUCCAACAUCGACCAGUGGCACAACGACCUCUUCGGCCCGCGCACCAGCUCCGUGCUGCCUCAUCUCCGUCUCGAAGCCGUCGACGCGCAAGGAUACGUCAAUCUCCGCUGUGAACACAACCCCGGUUGCCCGACGAGCGUUAACCCAUGGGAACCGACGCAGAUUGACAUCGAAAAGGACGACAUCCGCGCGUUCUUCCCUCAGGUCUACGAGACACUAUUCAACGUCGGCCCAGAGAAGGUCCCCCAGCAUAUCGGCAACGUCUGCUGCGGACAGUUCGCUGUCAGCCGGGAACGGAUCCUGCAGCGACCGCGUCACGAUUACGAGCGUAUGCUUAAGUGGGCGGCGGAGACAGAAUUGACGGAUAGUUUUGGCGUCGGGUGGGUGUUUGAGAAGGUCUGGCAUGUUGUUUUCGGCAUGGAGGACAUAUAUUGUCCUCGUUAUGAACAGUGCCGAUGCGAUGCAUACGGAUGGUGCGGGCCGUUGCCCUCGGGCGAAACACUGCAGGCAGUGCGAGCCCCGCGGUCCAAGGGAAAAUCGACCUGAGUAGAUGAUUGUUAAUGUUGAUGUAUACUACCAUGGAUAUACACUGGUUACGAGUUUAGCAGCACCUAAUUGAUGUCAUUUCGAUCGAAACCCAU